AUGGAGGCACAAGAAGUGAUUUUAUGUACUCACUGCAAUAAAGAGGUGGCGAAGGCCAACUUUGACCUGCAUGAACCACACUGUAAGAGGUUUUUGUGUCUCUGCCCUGACUGUGAUGAGUCUGUCCCUUGGGAACAGCUAGAGGAGCAUAAAGCCCAAGAGCAUGUACAGGUAAAAUGUGGGAAGUGCAAUAAAAAGAUGGAACGAAGGCAGCUGUUGGACCACGAGACAGAUGACUGCUCAGAGAGGCUGCAGAUCUGUGAUUUCUGUCAGCUAGAGCUUCCUCUGAGCAGUCUAAUGGAGCACAUCUUGUCCUGCGGGAGUCGCACAGAGCGCUGCUCUGACUGUGGCCGCUAUGUCAAACUGAAAGAACAGCUCCAUCAUGCUCAGAUCUGUGGUAGUACCCCUCCAACACUGAAGAACCCUAGUCCAGCAGAUGCAUCUGACACAGAUGAGGAGUCAUUCAAGCAGUGUUGUAAAUGGUUGAAGUACAUUCCUUCUGAAGAUCUGGAGGAGCAUGAGAAGGUGAAGGGAGCCAGGAACAUUGAAAGGGACCUAGAUAGGAUAAGCACUUGUCCACUCUGUCAUCUGGCACUUCUUAUAAAGACACUUGAAUGGCAUGAGCCUGAACUGACUGAACUUUGGAGGAUCCAGCAGACCUCUCUCAGGUGA